AUGUGCGCCGGUGGCCUCAGUAUGGGAGAGAGGUCAGAAGAACGGAUGCGUAAUUCAGGACCGGCAGCUAAAGAGGCCAAUCCAAAGUGCAAUGCAAUGCAAUUGCAGCAUGCGGAGAGGGAGUGCGGUCCAGCUCAAUGCAAAGAUUACAAGCGCUGGAGCCUUCUUGACUGGGGCCGGCUGCUGGGGGCGGUUGCCAUUGGAGUGGUGCUGUCGUUGCAGGUCCCAGUGGCUGGAGGGGGGAGGGGGCAGCACGCCCUGGCAGCGUCUACGGCAAGUGUGAGUAGCCGCUUUGUCCAGAUCCCCAUCCAGCGCGCUCCUCUCAAGAUGGACAAAGGCGACAUCACGCUGGGCGAGCGGGCGAUCUACCUCCUGGACUACUUCUACUCCACGGAACCCUGGUCCAAGACCCUAAUUCUGCUCGUCAUCACGGGCCUGCUGACGACGAUCGGCGGAAUGGCCUACUACAACGUGGCGCGUGAGGACCCAGAGGGUUCGAAGGACUUCCGAGAAGCGUUCUGGGCCUCCUGGACCUUCGUCGCUGACCCUGGAACACACGCCGGGGAGGACACGUGGCAGAAGCGGCUCGUGGCGGUGCCGCUGACCAUUGGCGGCAUGCUGUUCUUCGCGUUGCUGAUCGGACUCGUGUCGGACGCCGUCAGCAGCAAAGUGGACGGCCUGCAAAAGGGGGCGAGCAUCGUCAUCGAGAAGCACCACACCCUAGUCGUCGGGUGGACUCCGAAGACGGUUCCGCUGGUGGAGGCGCUGUCGAUCGCCAACACGGACCGGAAGCACAAGAAGACGAUCGUGGUGCUGGGCGAGAAGGAGAAGGAGGACAUGGACGCGGAACUGCUCGACAGCAUCCCCGUCAGCGCACGCGGCGGAACCAAGGUCAUCAGCCGGCAGGGAGUGGCCACGUCGCUGGAGGACCUGCGGCGGUGUUCGGCCGACGGGGCUUCGUCGAUCGUGGUUCUCUCGCCUACGGGGGGGAGCCAGAACCCGGACAGAGUGGAUGCAGAGGUCCUGCAGACGUGCCUGGUGCUCGCGCACCUGCCCAACAUGCACGCCAACAUCAUCGCGGAGUUUGCUGAGCUGGACAACGUCGAGAUCCUCAAAGAGAUGCACAGGACGCUCGUCAAAAAGUCGCCCAUCGCGGCGCUGCCAGAGGGCAAGGAGAGCGCCGUUCCGGCGGAACCGAGCCUGGAGGAGGACGGAAACGGAAGCGCCAAGGGGCGGUCCCGGAAGAUGGUCCCAAUCGCGGCUGGUGACGUGGCGUCGCGCAUGCUGGUAUACAGAGCACUGGAGCCGGAUCUUGCGUUUGCGAUGGACGAGUUGCUGACGUUCGAGAAGAACGAGUUCCGCUUCAAGGAGUGGCCGGAGUUGGUCGGCAAGACGUUUGCUGAGGCCGUGUUCAUGUUCAAGGACGCCAUCCCGUGUGGCCUGCGGCGGCGCCACGUGUCCGAUUAUGGGCGGCGCAAGAUCCUCGUCAACCCGGCCCCGGACACGGUCAUCGAGAAGGGCGACCGUUUGCUGGUGAUCUCGCGCGGCGACGACACGUAUCGGCCGGGCGCAAGCGAACAGCCGGGCCCGAUCGGACUGCUGCAGCCAUCGAAAGAGAAGUUCCAGCCGUAUACCAAGCUGCUGCUGUGUGGCUGGAAGAACGACAUGUACGAUCUACUCAGUCUCCUAGAUUGCAUCGCUGCGCCAGGCAGCGAGGUCCACAUGAUGUCGGAAGCGUCCAAGCACGCCCGGGAGCACGAGCUGGCCACGGGGCCCCGUCUCAAGAACCUCAAGAUCAAGCAACUGUACGGGAACCCCGGAUCGCGGCAGGACCUGUGCUCGCUGCCGCUGGAGGAGUACGACCGGGUGAUCCUGCUGACCAAGAGCGGUGGGGAGGAGACUUGUGUGAAUAAUCUCGACGUGUCCACCACCACCACGGCCAUGUAUAUCCGCCACGCCCAGGUGGAGCGCGGGAACCCCGGGUGCACCAUCGUGGCGGAGCUGCGGGCGGGCAACUCGGACGGCCUGGAGCUCGUGCAAAAGGCGUGGCUCGACGACUAUAUCGUGCCCGGCGCCGUUGAGGCGCGCGUGCUGGCCAACCUGGCGGAAGACACGGACGUGGGCGCCGUUUUGGACGAGGUCGUCUCCGACUACGGCUCCAAUUUGAACAUGCAGCAAGCGUCAGCGUACGUGCGCCCGGGGGAAGUCGUUUCCUUCUUCGAGCUCCAGCGCCGGGCCAUGGCGCAGAGGGACUUGGUGCUCGGGUAUCGGAACCGGGCGGCAGGGGGGGAGUGGGUGCUCAACCCGCCGGAGAAGCACGCGCCGCUGCAGUGGACGGAGGAAGACCGCCUCGUGGUGCUCGACCGGGGGCUUUAGGGAGCGCGCCGGCCUGACGUCAAUACUCGGGCAAUGCAAACGGCGUCGGGCGCUCCCGACAAGAGCGCUGAUAGCAUGACCCCGGCGACAGGAUAUCAGAUAGGCCAGCUGUGAUGCCGUCGGAUGAGGUCAGGGUGCAGGUCUCGAGAAUACCCAGAGCAAGCGCGCUUACCACAACUUGUUGGUAAAUUAUCGUUCUGUGCUCUGGCGACCUUGGGUUGGGGGGUUGAAGGGUCAGCCCUUGAAAUGGGGGGUGGGGUUUGUUGGUAUUCAUUGGGAUCAGCGGCGCUCUCCGGCGCACGUUGGGUCCAGAUGAGUUGGACCGACACAUUUGUUAGUGGUAGGCACGUCAAAUGCUCCUGAUAGAUUCAGAAUGCAAUGCUGAGGCAAGGCAAGGUGAUUCCGUGUCUAGAUGAAGGCAGCGCGGCCAUCCUACCCUGUAUGUUGAUCGAGUCUAGGAAGAUAAGUAGAACUAGUUAAGGUCAACACCAUGUUGCCAGUGUGUUCAGUAGUCGGUUCUGCCAGAA